AUGCUGGCGGUGUGGUGCUUCAUGGUGUGCGCUGCAGUGGGUGAGCGGCUCGCUGUGUCAGGUGAGGAGCCCAGCCCGGAGGAGGACAGAGAUGUGGGGGACUGGUUCUCUCUGGGCAGACGGCGGGACCACGGCGACAGCGGCUCUGAAGUCACCUACCCCAAAAGACUGGUCCAGCACGCAGAGACAGAGGAAGAGAUGGAGCACAGGAGACUGGACACGAGGAUCAACAACAGCUCCUUAGACACAUCACCGGUGCAUUUGGCUCAGAGCAGUUUUCAACUCACAGCGUUUGGACAAACCUUCACUUUGGACCUGGAGUUAAACCACCACCUCCUGUCUUCUGAAUAUGUGGAGCGGGACUUUAAGCAGGAUGGCAGACCUUCUCAAUUGGCGGGAGGGGAGCACUGUUAUUACCAGGGCAGGAUACGAGACUUACCGGGGUCCUGGGCAGCGCUCUCCACCUGUCAUGGCCUUUGUGGCAUGUUUUCCGAUGGCUUCUUUUCUUAUGGGAUCGAACCUGUGCAGAAUGGAAGUGUCAAGGAAGAUGGUGCUCACUUAAUUCGCCGAAUGCCUGAUAUCAGACUUACUCCACAUUGUACAGACUGUGUGAAGGACAGUGGGCGGUGGAGCAGAGGAGGUGAUGGAGCCUGGGAGCAGCCGGAGCCAGAGAAGGCCUCACACGCUCUGAGGAGGACCAAGCGCUACAUCCGAAGACCCUCUGUCCAGACCGAGACCAAAUAUAUCGAGCUCAUGGUGGUCAACGACAAUGAGAUGUUUGUGAAGUUGAAAAACAGCCAAACAAAGAAUUUUGCCAAAGCAGUUGUCAACAUGGCCGAUGCAAUCUUUAAGGAGCAGUUGAACACUCGGAUUGUGCUGGUUGCCAUGGAGACGUGGACCUCUAAAGACCUGGUGCCUGUGAUGGAGGACCCUCUAGUCACUCUACAAAACUUCAUGAAGUACAGAAAAGACAACAUCAGAGAACAGUGCGAUGCUGUACACCUUUUAUCAGGUCGGACCUUUCACAGUAGUAGAAGUGGGACGGCCUACACAGGAGGGGUGUGUUCUUUGACGAAAGGUGGAGGCGUUAAUGAGUUUGGGAGUGUAGGAGCCAUGGCCAUCACACUGUGCCAAAGUCUGGGGCAGAACAUCGGGAUGAGGUGGAACAAUUUGCGCAACUCUGCAGGUGACUGCAGAUGCCCUGAUGCUUGGUUGGGCUGCAUCAUGGAGGACACAGGCUACAAUCUGCCCAGAAAGUUCUCUCGCUGCAGUGUUGAUGAGUACAUCCAGUUCUUGCUUCAGGGAGGUGGGAGCUGCCUCUUCAACAAGCCCAACAAGCUCUUGGACCCCCCGGAGUGUGGGAACGGCUUUGUGGAGCCUGGAGAAGAGUGUGAUUGUGGAUCUCAAGUGGAGUGUGCGCGUAAUGGAGGAUCAUGCUGUAAAAAAUGUACACUUACCCACGAUGCCAUGUGCAGCAAUGGACUCUGUUGCAGCAGCUGUAAGUAUGAGCAGAGAGGAGUUGUGUGUCGAGACGCUGUGAAUGACUGUGACAUCCCCGAAACCUGCACCGGAGACUCGAGCCAGUGUCCCCAUAAUGUGCAUAAACUUGAUGGCUACACAUGUGAUAGCAGUCAGGGGCGAUGUUAUAGUGGACGGUGUAGAACUCGAGACGGCCAAUGCAAAGGACUAUGGGGUUAUAAUUCUGCAGACAGGUUUUGUUAUGAGAAGCUGAACGCAGAGGGGACAGAGAAAGGGAACUGUGGGACCAACCCCGAUGGGCAGGGCUGGCUCCAGUGCAACAAACCAGAUGUAUUAUGUGGGUUUUUAUUCUGUGCCAAUGUGACCACGAACCCAAAGUUUGGAGACUUGAGUGGAGAGUUGACCAGUUUCACCCUUUACCACCAGAACAAGUACUUGGACUGUCGAGGAGGACACGUUCUGCUGGAGGAUGGCUCAGACCUGGGUUAUGUGGAGGAUGGCACCCCCUGUGGGCCAAACAUGAUGUGUCUGGAGCGUCGCUGCCUCCCGGUGGUCACCUUUAAUCUCAGCACCUGCCCUGGCUCUAACUUUGGACGCAUCUGUUCAGACCAUGGGACCUGCAGCAAUGAGGUGAAGUGCAUCUGUGACAGAGACUACACGGGGAAAGACUGCAGCGUUUUUGACCCCAUCCCAGAGCCCACUGUCCCCACGGGUCCAGAGAAGAAAGGUCCCAGUGGCACCAAUAUCAUAAUAGGGUCCAUCGCAGGUGCAAUUCUCCUGGCAGCUAUAGUCCUAGGGGGGACGGGCUGGGGAUUUAAGAACAUUCGAAGAGGAAGCAAGUAA